GCACACCGGAAGUAAAUGUCAUAGAAAAUGGAAGACUAAAAUUAAAAAAAAGUCUAUAAGAUUUGGAAAUUUGAUUUCCAUAUUUAAAGAUUUUUGUUCUGAUCAAAAUCGAGAACUUUGAAGAUGGCUGAAGCAAAGCCAAUGAAAAUUGGUUCAAAAGUUGAAGUGACAGGAAAGGGAAUUGUUGGAACAGUUGCUUACAUCGGUCAAACCCUUUUCUCAUCAGGAAAAUGGAUUGGUGUUGUAUUAGACGUACCUAAAGGUAAAAAUAAUGGAACUGUUCAAGGAAAGACAUAUUUUACCUGUCCUGAUAAUCAUGGAAUCUUUGUCCGACAAUCACAGAUCACUGCCCUUGAUGGUGGGAAUGGACCAGCACCUCCUACUCCUGCUAAAGCUGCUGCUCCUUCUCCAGCAUCAACACCAGCAUCAAAGGUACCAGCACCAGACAAAAGUGAGAAGAGAAGAUCUCUUAUCAGACCCCCAAGUUUAGUAGGAAAAAGUAAUGAGAAUCUAGCUGAUGCUGCAGCUAAAACACCUGCUAAAGCCAGAUCUAGUCCAGAUCCAAACCAAACGCUUAAAGAAUCAGGCAUUCCAAAAUCCAAGAUCCCUAGUAAAGAUUCUACUCCUGAGCCACAGCCUCCUGCUAUUCCUAAGCCUACACCAUCUAAGACAACAGCGGCAAAACCAGCUCCUACUAUUAAAGCACCAGAACAGAUUGUUAAAGCACCUGCUGAGCCUAAAACAGCUGUAUCACCUAAAACAGCUGUAUCACCACCACAGCCUGCUAUCCCGACUGAUAUUAAGACGCUGGAGAAAUCGGACGAUGAUCCGCUAACCAAUCUACAACAAACACAAGAGAUUGAAGGACUAAAAGCUGAAAUAAAGGAUUUAAAUGAAAAGUUAGAAACGUUGAAAAUAAAACGUGGAGAAGAUCGAGCCAAGUUGAAGGAAGCAGAUAAACUGAGGAUUCAGCUUCAACAAUUACAGGAAUAUAAACAUAAGAUGCAGGAAACUCACGGAGAUCUACAGAGACAACUACAAUCUGCUAAAAAGGAUCUUAAAGAUACUCAGGAUGCUUUUGAGAGAUAUAAAGAGGAGAUGGCUGAUACGUCAGAAACUAUAGAGAUUGCUACUCUAGAUAAAGAAAUGGCCGAGGAGAAAGCCGAAGGUCUGGUACAAGAAUUGGAGACAGUAAAAGAGAAAUUGGAAGAAGUGACAUUAGAUUUAGAAAUUUUACGUGGAGAAAUUACAGAUCAAGGUAAAGAGGGAGUUGCUGCUACCUAUGAACAAAAACAACUUGAACAACAAAAUGACAGAUUAAAAGAAGCAUUAGUCAAGAUGCGUGAUUUAUCCAAUCAAGAAAAGACAGAAUGUCAGAAUUUAACAAAACAAAAUGAGAAGAUGAAGAAUGAAAUCAAUAAUUAUCAGAAAGAUAAAGAAAAGUUGCAAACAGAAGUAUCAGAAUUACACGAACAGAUGAUAGAACUCAAGGAACAGGUUGAUGCUGCUCUUGGAGCUGAGGAAAUGGUGGAAUCGUUAGCUGAGAAGAAUCUGGCACUAGAGGAUGAGAUUGCUAAAUUGAGAGAAGAAAACGCUGACUUAGAGGUUCUUCAUGAGAUGAACGAAGAAAUUCAAGAAAAUGCCCGAGAGAUGGAACUAGAAUUACGAGAGGAGUUAGAUUUAGCUCAAUCACGUGUUGCUGAUGCUUAUCGUAAACUUGAAGCUGGAGCUGAAACCUGCGCUGAUUAUGAAAAAACCAUCACUAAAUUCCGAGAACUUGUCAAACAGCUUCAGGUACUACUUUUAUAUGAUGUUCAUUGCUUUGAAUAA